CAACAGCUAUGACCAGCCAGCUGUUAGCUCUUCUUCUCUCUCUAAUUGCUGUUAACCUACCUCUGAGAUGUGGCUGCAGUGACAUUAUUGGAGGACACCCCGUGUCUCCCCAUUCCCGGCCUUACAUGGCUGCCAUCCAGAGAAAUAAUUCAACUGUGUGUGGAGGAGCUCUGGUGGGUGACCAAUGGGUUUUGACAGCAGCGCACUGUAGAUUAAACAAAGAAGAAUUCAGAGUUGUUCUUGGAGCCCAUCAAGCAUCCAUACAUGAAAAAGAACAGCAGAAAUUUAAGAUUAUGAACUUAUUUUGUCAUCCCCAGUUUAACAUGUCUUCCAUGAUAAAUGAUAUAAUGCUCCUCAAGCUGGAUCAUGUGGUAAAUCUGAAUAAAUAUGUGCAACCCUUGCAUCUGCCUGACUGUGAUGAAGAUGUCAAACAUGGCACAGAGUGCACGGUGGCUGGAUGGGGAGUCACAUCUUCAGGAAAGCAAUCAGAAUGUCUUCAGGAAACAACUCUUAAAAUUGUUGAUAGAAAAAUCUGUGAAAAACAAUAUAUUAAAAAAAGGGUGAAAAUAACCCGCAACAUGUUGUGUGCUGGAGGGAGAAAGAAGUUUCAAAAGAGCGAUGCUUGCCCGGGAGACUCUGGUGGGCCGCUCAUCUGUGGUGGUCACUACAGUGGGAUUGUUUCUUUUGGAGAAAAGUGUGGAAGAGGACACUUGCCUGGAGUUUACACACGACUGACUAAAAAAUAUAUUGACUGGAUAAAAGAAAUAGUUUCUCGGAACAGAGUGCUGUAAGACAGGCAAGACAGAUUUAAUAGAUACUAUGCUGUGCUUUAGAACUAGAUGCUGCCUUACACUGCCAACUUUACAAAGUAGGUCCUACCUUUACCCCUUUACUAACAACACCACAGGUUUAUGACAAAGUUGAAAAUAUUCCCUUUUGUAUAGAUAAAAUGUUUACUAAUCUUUAGUAGUAAACUGCCUCUUAGACAACACAAUUUAUAUUGGACUUCACCCUACUUUUUAGUGUGAUGGGAAAGUACUACUCAUCUUUUCCAUUGUGACUGGGAUAAGGCAAUAUUUUUGAAUGUGUAUUCACAGAAAAAUUCAAUUUCAGACUGAUAGUUAAUGAAAUGUCUACUGAAUGAGAAAAACUAGUAAAAAAACUUUAAAUGUUCAAACAUGUCAGUUUGACAUUUUUUCAAUACUAUACACUUUAACUGUUACUAAAUAUUUAACUAAUUUAAUUUUCAGAUGCAAAAUAAUAAGCUGAUAAAUAUUUUUCCAGCUAAUCUUACAUUGUUAGUGUGAAAAAAAUAAUUUUUAUUUUUCCUCUAGGUUAUUUUCCCUCCCUUUUUUCAUGAUCAAAUCAACAAAAUCAUCUCUUCUUGGACCUUGGUUUAU